CCAGAAGCUAUAUUGCGUGUCCGUUACCCGGUUAUACAUUAUUCUUUCUGAGAGCAGGUGGAUACAGAUACAUAUCAUUUUGCGCUAAAUAUAAUGUUAAAGAGAGAUUACAGAGAACUCGUUUACAAUGUUUCGGUAUGUCUCGGGUUAUGACGACUGCAGUGCACUCUGAAGAGCAAGAAGUGUAGCAAGGAGUUAUUUUGUAUCAAGUAAUAACCGUUGCCAACCAGCAACAAUUUAGGGACGUGAAAUUAUGUUCCCCAUUCAGAUACAGGUUUCCUGUCUCCGGGACAGUUGAUUCGAUAGUCCGAAUUAUAUUGAAUGAUAUAUAAAUGAUAGGCCUAUAAUUUCAACCGUUAUAAUUAUUUUGGAGAAUUAGCCUUCAUUACUGUGGUUAACCCUAUGCAACACGUUGCUGGCAAGCGAGACUUCAUACUGUCAUUCAUUGAUUCUACAUAUUUUCUCGGGAUGACAUUCCUGUAUACUUCGUGCUCAGUGUCCCCUCCACUGCCUUGUCUUGUAUCCAGAGGUGCCACUCUCUGUCAGGGACACGCUUGCUGAUUCCUUCCCGCCACAACGAUGCGGCGGUUUGUUUACUGCAAGGUGGUGCUGACCACCUCACUAGUCUGGGUGCUGGUUGACGUCUUCCUGCUGCUCUACUUCAGUGAAUGCAACAAAUGUGACGACAGGAAGGAACGCUCACUGCUCCCUGCUCUGAGAGCAGUCAUAUCGCGGGCCCAUGAGGGCCCUGGGGAGAUGGGGAAGGCAGUUGUGAUCCCAAAAGACGAGCAUGAGAAAAUGAAGGAGCUCUUUAAGAUUAACCAGUUCAACCUGAUGGCCAGCGACAUGAUUGCCCUCAACAGGAGUCUGCCGGACGUGAGACUGGACGGCUGCAAGACUAAGGUGUACGCCGACGAUCUCCCCAACACCAGCGUUGUGAUCGUGUUUCACAACGAGGCGUGGAGCACCCUGCUCCGCACCGUCCACAGUGUCAUCGACCGCUCACCACGCCACCUGCUGCAGGAGAUCCUGCUGGUGGACGAUGCCAGCGAGAGAGACUUCUUGGGGAAAAAGCUAGAGGACUACGCUCGGACACUGAAGGUCCCUGUGCGAGUCCUGCGAAUGGAGCAGCGGACUGGGCUCAUCCGGGCCAGGCUGAGGGGUGCGGCUGCCACACGGGGGCAGGUCAUCACCUUCCUGGAUGCCCACUGUGAGUGCACCGUGGGCUGGCUCGAGCCUCUGCUGGCCAGGAUCAAAGAGGAUCGGAGAUCUGUGGUGUGUCCUAUAAUUGAUGUCAUUAGUGACGAGACAUUUGAAUACAUGGCGGGUUCAGACAUGACCUAUGGAGGAUUCAACUGGAGGCUUAACUUCCGCUGGUACCCCGUUCCCCAGAGAGAGAUGGACAGACGAAAAGGGGACAGGACCCUGCCUCUCAGAACACCUACUAUGGCCGGGGGACUUUUCUCUAUUGACCGGACAUACUUCGACGAAAUAGGGACAUACGAUCCAGGGAUGGACAUUUGGGGUGGAGAGAACUUGGAGAUGUCUUUUAGGAUCUGGCAGUGUGGUGGGUCAUUGGAGAUUAUCACAUGUUCCCAUGUGGGUCAUGUGUUUCGAAAGGCCACGCCUUACAGCUUCCCCGGAGGUACUGGCCAAGUCAUCAACAAGAACAACAGGCGAUUGGCCGAGGUGUGGAUGGAUGGCUUUAAGGACUUCUUCUACAUUAUAUCACCAGGUGUAGCCCGGGUCAACUAUGGGGAUGUGUCCUCCCGUAAGGCCCUGCGUGAAGCUCUGCAGUGUAGACCCUUCUCCUGGUACCUGGAGAACAUCUACCCUGACUCUCAGAUCCCCAGGAGAUACUACUCACUUGGUGAAAUCCGCAAUGUCGAAACAAACCAGUGUGUGGACAACAUGGGCCGAAAAGAGAAUGAGAAAGUUGGCUUUUUCAACUGCCAUGGCAUGGGAGGUAACCAGGUGUUCUCCUACACGGCUGAUAAGGAGAUCCGGACAGAUGACCUCUGUUUGGACGUGUCUCGUCCCCAUGGCCCUGUCGUCAUGCUCAAGUGUCAUCAGAUGAAGGGGAAUCAGAUGUUUGAGUACGAUGCUGAGCGGCUGACGUUGCUGCAUGUCAACAGUAACCAGUGUCUGGACAUGCCCACCGAAGAGGACAAGAUGGUGCCCACACUGAGAGAGUGCACAGGCAGCCGCUCCCAGCAAUGGAUCCUCCACAACAUGACACUGACCCUCUGAUCUGACCAGGAGCAGGGACCUCAACAGUUCACUCCCCACCGCCCGGGCCAGCCCCCCCCCCCCCACACACAAACCACCGUCUACGUCUCCCCAGCAGGUGUCUUCUGUCGCGCCUACGUCAGCACUCACAGGUCGGGAUACGGGCAGGCAGCAGUAGCCUGUCAUUUGUUUUUAGCAUGGGGCUUCGGAGGCUCGGCAAGGGAUUGAUCUGCUCCUCCCAUUCAGUCAAUAUCACAAGCAGUGGCUAUCUGGAGGCGGUGCUUAACUGGCACACUACCAUCCAGAACAUUCUGAAUGGUGGGACCAUAUUGGUUGGGCCUAAUGAGGUGAAUCCAAUUGAACCAAUGGAGGAUGAGGAUUGUGUAUGUGCAAUGGCCCUAAGGAGGGAUUUCAGAGUUGUGAGUUCAGACUUUAAUACGACAGCUCCGUUAACAACCGCAGCGUUUUGUAGGGAGAGUACUGUUAAACGGUGCCCCUGGGUCUGCAAUGCGUACGUGUGUGCUCAAAGUGCAGCCCUACGUUCAGAUGAUUUGAAACUGUUAGCCUAUAUUAUUUAUGCCACCAGGUUUGAUUGGGUUUCGUUUGACAGGCCAAUGGAAAUCUGCUUUUUUUUAGCAUUUUUUUCUGCAGUUAAUAGUUGUUUAAUAUUACUGAUGAUGUCAUUAUUUCUCCAAUUACAAAAACAUAUUAAUUUCCCAAAAUAUUAUUCUACUACCAAAUUUGUUGUUACAAUUAUUUAUAAAAAAAACCCUCAAAUAUAGACAUUGAAAAUCCCAGUUAUGAACAUUUAAACCUCAAUUCUAGGUGUCUAAUCUAAUAUUCUGCAGACAGUGACAGCAACAGUUACUCGUUGUAUGAAAUGACUUCCUACGCAAAGAACGAUUUCUUUGACUCCUCAACUUUAGACAGCUGUAGCUCAGUUUCUGAAUGUUGUGUAGACAAACCAAAGAUAUUCGCCCUGUGAAUGAGCAUGGCAUCUUAUACAAGUCUUUACAGCUUGUUUCUAGCCUGAACCAUUUUGGAUUCAUGUCAUAAUAGAUUGAUUAAACAUAUCACCAAUAGAAAACAAAAUAUAUGUAUAUCUCUUGUUUCAAGAAAGGCCAUAAUAGGUUGGGAAUCCCUAUUCUUUUAACAUAGUACACCCCCAAUUCAUGUCUAUGUUGGAGGACUGUACAUUACAUCUGAGUCUGAUGAGUCAAUGGGUUGGGUGGUUACAGUUGAUGGGAACAUAUCAAGAGGCUUAGAAACUGGAGGUGACACAGAACUAGAAACUAAUAGUUGACAUAAUUUGAAUUGAUCUGCCAAUUUGCUUUUCAAUAUUGACUUUCAGCAGCUUUAUGCUUUUAUACGUCGGAUAUGAGCGUCUGCUCUGCUUCUUUGUAUUACAGUAAAUUGAUACAUUUAGUUUCAACACUUAAUUAUUCAAAACAUAAUUGUACAUUAGUGGCCAAUGUUACUUGGACUUUGAUAUGUAUGCCUUAAGAGACAAGUCACUUAUUUAGCCAGUCAAGGAGUUGACAGAAAGUACUAAGUUUCAAAACCUUUUUCCUCACACAUUAAAAACGUCUUUAUUUUUUUACUGUGCAGUACUGCACUCUGCUUCAUAAACAUUGGAAUAUGUAUUUGCUGUCUUUUUUUAGAAUGUAUCUAUUUUACGGAUUCCUUAUUCAAUGUUUAUAUAUAAUAUCACUUAGUAUUAUACUUUACUCAUCAUUUGCACAAUUCUUUAGAACGUAUCACUAGUCCUAAGAUCUAAUAUUAAGAAAAGAAGCAGUAGACAUACAUUAGGUAGUGAGUGCCAUUAGAAGGUUAAUUGUAUAUCUCAUUUCUAGAUUAUUAAAUUAACCUAUUGUGAAGAUCGGUAAUGUUUAUUCUACAUGUCUCCAAAACUGUUUAGUAUAUAAAUCAAUAGGAACAAUAUCUACUGUAUAAUGGUCUUUUGACAAAACUUAUCAAAUUAUUUAACCACUUUACUGCACCGUUUUCAUCAUCAGUCAAACAUUCAUCCCAAAUUAUAUCUGUUCCCUUAUAUUGCACUUCUUUUAUUUGGAAGUAGAGCGUUAUAUUAGUGAAUGGUUUACAACUGGUUUAUCUUGGGUUGCUGUGGGUUUUGAAAAUAGAAAACCAUGUAUAAAGAUAUGAAAGUAUUUGGACAUUUUGGGUAGAUGGGGGAAUCUGCCACUUUGUAUUUGAAAUGUUAGAAUUACUUUGACUUCUAUUUAUGUUACAUUUGAGUCAUUUGGUGCUGUCCAAAUAGUGCACCUAAAUAUAUCUUCUUUAAUGGACUGUCACGGUGGUGCAGCUGAUAUACAGUAUGCUAAAUCAUUGUAGGAACUGUACAUACAGAACCAAUUAUUUUUCUAAGAUGCUGUAAAACUUGAAAACCCAGUUUCAAAUGUAAAAACAUGGCAUGGUUAUGUGUUUAAUGCAUUGCUGUAGACCAGGGAUUUCAAACUUGGGUCCUGUAUGGCCAAAACACUUGUAUUUUUCAUCCUCUGCUUCUGAUCAGGGUCUGAUCCUUGGGAAGUGUUUUUACCAGGUAAACACAACAGAAGAUAAUUAUUUCAGCCCUCUAGGACUGGAGGAGAGCUCUGCUAUACACUGUUCAGAAACAUCAAUAUAACUCUUUCAAUGCUGUUCAGGGCUUUAUGCAAUGUGUUUUGAGUUUCAUCAGCUUUCCCAUAAACACAAACCCACAAAAUAUCUAAUGGACAUUACUGUACAUGAGAGAGAUACUUACGGUCUGUUUUAUGUUUUUAUGUUGAAUCUCAAUGUUUGAAUGCUGUCCAAUCUAUGCCUACAGUUUACGUAUUAUUUUGCAUUCAGAUUCAAUUUAAAAGAACUCUGUCUGUUUAAUUUCAUAGGUAUAUUUAUUGUAGUCAUUUUUUUUUUAUAUACCUAGGUUAUAUUUAAGUAUUAGGUGAAGUUGAUCAGUAGACUCCUUUCUCCCAGUAAUGUUUAUAGUUAGUAUUGGGGGAGGAAAAGCUGAUCCUAUAUCUGCACCUAAAGCAGUCCCUUAAGGAUGUGAUUGCAGAGUUUUUAGCUAUUCCCUGCAUACUAUGCAAGGGCUUGCGAAUUUGACCAAUCACACUCUACUGCAUCAUGAAACGAAUCAAAUCGAAUCAAUAUCACGGCAUAUAACUGUCCAAUUAUUGCACUACAAAAAGAAGGUUUGCAGUUUUAACCGAUCGCUGCACCUUUCCAUGAUAAAACAGUUCAAUCAAGCAACAAAACCUUUCUUCAAUCAGUGCAUUGCUGUGUCAAAUUGGACAAAAACAUUAUAAAUCGCCAGAAGCAAAAGAAACAGACAAAACACUUGAUGUUUCUCUGUGCUGAAUCCUAGAAGGACUGUGUAGGGAAACUUCACCAGAAAGUUUUACGAAAAAAUCUUUACGUGCAUGGUACUACAAUAGGAAUGUACUAUAGAUUGUGUUUCAAUGUUUAACUGUUACACUGUACAAUGUAGUUGGUCUAAAGUGAUGUAUGUUACCUGUUUGUACAUUUUGUAAAAAAAAAAAAAAAAGGAUCGUAAUGGAAUCUGGAAAUUACACACAUUAUUGGGGAUGAUACCAACGAAUGAAACUGUGAACUUCAAUACAUUUGUUGUUGAUUAAACCUUUUCAGUUUUCUCCUAA